CAGUUAUACAUUAAUAGGUCUGUACAGUGGUAUGAACUAUACCAUCACAGUGAGAGCUGGUAAUGUACUAGGAGCAUCAAAUUCAAGUAUCAUAUCAGCUAAGACAUCAUUAUCAAUACCUGUAGGUGUACCCUCAUCUCUUCAUGUUAAUUCAAACACUAAUAGGAUUAUGUGGAAUGAGAUCAAUUGUUCUCAACUCAAUGGUAGAUUCGUUGAAUAUAAUGUACUCAUUGAAAAUAUAUAUCUCAAUGAGCUGGUGUUUGGUGCAGCAUACAACAUUAGUGUAGCUGCUGUCAAUCCUGUUGGAAGAGGCCCCUUUAGUGAUCCCAUUGUUGUAGAGAUUGGAGCUAGUAAUAUUUGUGAUGCAUCUAAUGAAGGUGGUGCUGCUAUCGGACUUGCAAUUACUGUAGUUUUGUUGAUGAUUCUAUUAGCUAUUAGUCUUGCUGUCCAUAUCUACUGUUUCAUAAGAUUAAUGUACCCCACUAUUGUUGAAACAAAAACAAGUAAAUCCAUUGCCAAAGAUGAAAAUAAAAUUAUUGAAGACAUCACAAUGAAAGAAUGUGAAUCGUAUGGUCUUCAUGAAAUAAGUAAAGCAGUGGUGUAUGAGGAGUGUUUGCCUGCUGAUGAUCAAUUUCCUGUUGUUAAUGAACCUACUACUGAAGCAUUAUACAACUAGUUGAAGCAUGAUACAACUACUGUCAUUGUUACACCUCUUGAAGUAUUUAACAUUGCUGGUUUUGUGUGAAAGCAUGAAUUUUGAUAUAAUUUUAUUUAGUUAAUUUA